AGGGAGGUGGUGGUGUGGUUCCUGUUUGUCCGCGGAGCUAACACAAUCCGGCUCCACCCACCCCACCAGGAUCGACCCUCAAACCCUUCGCAACCAUGACCGAGCAGAUGACCCUCCGCGGCACCCUUAAGGGUCACAAUGGCUGGGUGACCCAGAUCGCCACGACCCCUCAGUUCCCGGACAUGAUUCUUUCCUCCUCGCGGGAUAAGACCAUCAUCAUGUGGAAGCUAACUCGGGAUGAGACCAACUACGGCAUCCCUCAGCGGGCCUUGCGUGGCCACUCCCACUUUGUCAGCGAUGUGGUCAUCUCCUCAGAUGGACAGUUUGCCCUGUCUGGCUCCUGGGAUGGGACCCUGCGCCUCUGGGAUCUCACAACUGGCACCACCACACGACGUUUUGUGGGCCACACCAAGGAUGUACUGAGCGUGGCCUUCUCCUCGGACAAUCGACAGAUUGUCUCUGGCUCCCGGGACAAGACCAUCAAGCUGUGGAACACCCUAGGUGUCUGCAAGUACACUGUACAGGAUGAGAGCCACUCUGAGUGGGUGUCCUGUGUGCGCUUCUCACCCAACAGCAGCAACCCCAUUAUUGUCUCCUGUGGCUGGGACAAGCUUGUCAAGGUCUGGAAUUUAGCAAACUGCAAGCUGAAGACCAACCACAUUGGCCACACAGGCUACCUGAACACUGUGACCGUCUCCCCUGAUGGCUCCCUCUGUGCCUCUGGGGGCAAGGAUGGGCAGGCAAUGCUUUGGGACCUGAAUGAAGGCAAGCAUCUGUACACCCUGGAUGGUGGAGACAUCAUCAACGCCCUCUGCUUCAGCCCCAACCGCUACUGGCUAUGUGCUGCCACUGGGCCCAGCGUCAAGAUCUGGGACCUGGAGGGCAAGAUCAUCGUGGAUGAGCUGAAGCAGGAAGUGAUCAGCACCAGCAGCAAGGCAGAGCCACCCCAGUGCACUUCUCUAGCCUGGUCGGCUGAUGGCCAGACCCUGUUUGCAGGCUACACGGACAACCUGGUGCGUGUGUGGCAGGUGACCAUUGGCACUCGAUAAGGGACCUGGCUGCAGCAUCCCCCUCCUCCCUUCAUCCCCUGCAAAUUGUGCUGGGAAUAAAGAUCUUUAUUUCUGUCCUCUGGAA